AUGAUUGUUCGUUCGUCAAUUGCUCUACUUUUAAUAUGUAUUCUAUUUAUUCAUACAUUAUAUGCAAUUAAUCCAGAAUAUUUUCGUCAACAUAAUCAAGAACAACAAUUAUCAUCAUUAAUUAAAGCCAUGAAUAAACAGUUAUCUGAUCAACAUUCAGAUAUAGUUUCAUCGGAACAAAAUGAUAAUGACGACGACGAUGAUGAUGAUGAUCAACAACCAAUAAAACGUAAUAAAUAUCCAAAUUUUCAUCUUAGCCCAUUAUGGUUAUCACGUCGAACACGUACAAAUCGCUUCUAUGGAAAACCAUUGUGGAUUUCUCGAACAGGAUAA